UCAUUUAUCUCAUUUAUCAUUUGUGCGGGUAUAUAUAGAUGUGUGAUAUAUGUAUAAUUAUCAUCAUAUAGAAAAUAUCUAAGAAAAGAAUACAGAGAUAUCAGGAUGGUGCUAUCAAUAACACAGAGUGGUGAUGGCAUGGACGAUCUCAUGGAUGUGCCAUACGCGUCUCGGUACGACCUGCGGCAGCUACCGAAGUGGAGGAUUCCGGAUGAGACUAUGCCAAAGGAAGUGGUGUACCAGUUCAUAAGUGACGAGCUCAAGUUGGACGGCACUCCACUCCUCGACGUGGGCUCCUUUAUCAACACUUCGAUGGAGCCUGAGUGCGAUAAACUCAUCAUGGCCUCCCUCAACAUGAACUUCGUCAACAUGAUUCAGAAUCCUGUCACCACCGAACUCCAGGAACGUUGUGUGAACAUGAUUGCCCGCCUUUUCAACGCUCCUAGUGUUGUGGAAGAAGGUAAUAAUACAGAGCCUGCUGCUGGCGUGGGAACCAUUGGAUCAUCAGAGGCCGCAAUGCUGGCUGGUCUAGCUUUCAAGAGAAAAUGGCAGCACAAGGGAGAAGGAAAUGGAAAACCUAAUAUAGUCAUUGGUGCCAACCUUCAGGUAUGUUGGGAGAAGUUUGCAAAUUACUUUGAGGUUGAACUUAGAAAGGUUGACCUAAAAGUGGGAUAUUAUGUGAUGGAUCCUAAGCGGGCAGUUGAGAUGGUGGAUCAGAACACCAUUUGUGUUGUAGCGAUUCUCGGCUCCACAUUGACCGGUGAGUUUGAGGAUGUAAGGAGUCUCAAUGAGCUCCUCACUGAGAAGAACAAGAAGACAGGCUGGGACACCCCAAUUCAUGUUGAUGCUGCCAGUGGCGGGUUCGUUGCGCCGUUCCUUUAUCCAGAUAUUGAGUGGGAUUUCAAAUUGCCUCUGGUGAAAAGUAUCAAUGUGAGUGGCCAUAAGUAUGGACUUGUGUAUCCUGGUGUUGGAUGGGUUGUGUGGAGGACUCAGAAUGACUUACCUACAGAUCUUAUCUUCGAGGUCAAUUACCUUGGAACUAAACAACCUUCUUUCACCCUUAACUUCUCCAAAGGCUCUAGUCAAAUAAUUGCUCAGUACUAUCAGUUCAUGCGGUUAGGGAUUGAGGGCUACACGAAAGUAAUGACAAACUGUAUGGAUAAUGCAAGAGCACUCAGAACAGAAAUAGAAGAAACAGGGCACUUUUUCACACUCUCAAGGGACAUAGGGGUGCCCUUGGUGGCAUUCUCCCUUAGUGUGGCAAGAGAAUACACGGAAUCCGACAUAUCCGACAACUUGAGAAUGUUUGGAUGGAUUGUGCCAGCCUACGCUAUGCCGGGAGAUUUGGAAACCAUCAAGGUUCUUCGGUUGGUGAUCAGGGAGGACUUCAGCCGCGGCUUGGUUGACAAGUUUAUCUCUGACCUUAAAGAAGUCUUGAAUAAAUUGAACGGGAGAAUUGAUGACCCUGCGUUGUGUUCUACGGGAGUAUGCUAAGCUUCCAAAACUAUUAGUGCUAAGAAAGAACUACGUACUAAAAUCAUAUGAUAUGGUACUAUGGGAUUUUUAAUGUGUGUAUGUGUGUGUUUGUGCAUUGUGUGUAGUACACGAAUGCAAUAGAAAUACGUAAUGAGAGAAAUAAAAUAAAAUGAAAUAAGACGAACCCAAAGAAAAAAAAAAAAGCUGAGUGUGUGGUGUUACCAUAUUUUGAAUUGAGAACUACUCAAACCCCAUAUGAUAUGGUACCAGUGUGUAUAAAUUAUGGGAUUGUCAAUAUAUAUGUGUUUGUAUUGUGUGUUA